AUGCUUCGUAGCAGCACGGAGGAGGUGACGACGGGAGGCCACAGCUCGGACUCCGGACAAAGCUCAGCCCUGUCGCCUUUGGAGAGAGGCGGGCUAAACCAGACCAGCUCCUGCUGUCCCGGAUCAACAUCCUCAUCCUCUCACAGCUUGGAUGAGACCACCACCAGCUCUAACCAUGGUCAGUUCAAUCAAAGCAGCAGGCUGACAAAUUCAUCAGUCCGUCCAUUGACCUCUGGCAGCUCAUCCUUCCACAGCCUUGAUGGCACCCCGAGACACAGAAGGACCCCGGGUUCAGCUCGGUCCACAGGCUCACACCCUGCACGCACCCCGCUGACUGAACACACUGCAACAAGUUGCUCUUCUGCCACCUCAUCCUGUGGUGCCUCUGUGAUUGUGGCGGUGGUGGAAGGGCGUGGUUUGGCCAGGGGAGAGAUUGGCAUGGCCAGUCUUGACUUGAAAUGUCCAGAGCUUGUGCUCUCUCAGUUUGCAGACACAGGGACUUAUGCCAAGGUCAUCACCAAGCUUCACGUCUUGGUGCCGUUGGAAAUAUUGAUGCCAGACACAGCCAGUGAGAAGGGCAAAGGGACAAAGCUGUUCAACCUCAUCACAGAGAACUUCCAGGGAGUAACUUUCACCUCAAUCCAAAGGAAGUAUUUCAAUGAGAGUAAAGGGCUGGAUUACAUUCAGCAGCUGUGUGCUCCAGAAUUCAGCACUGUUCUCAUGGAAGUACAAGCUAAGUAUUAUUGCCUGGCAGCUGCAGCUGCUGUACUGAAAUACUUAGAGUUCAUCCAGAACUCUGUGUAUGCUCCCAAGUCUCUCAAAGUGAGCUUCAAAGGAAGUGAACAGACCGCCAUGAUUGACUCAGUAUCUGUCACUAACUUGGAGUUAGUGGUCAAUAACAGAGACCACAGGAGUGAGCACACUCUUUUUGGAAUACUUAACCACACAAAAACAGCCGGUGGUGCUCGAAGGUUGCGCUCCAAUAUUUUAGAGCCCCUGCUUGAUGUGGAUACCAUCAACAUUCGCCUGGACACCAUACACGAGCUGCUACAGGAUGAGGAGCUGUUCUUUGGCUUGAAGAACGCCAUAAGUCAUUUCCUUGAUAUAGACCAACUGCUCUCUGUUCUUGUCCAAAUCCCAAAGCUGGAAACAGUUCAAGUUGCUGAAGCAAAGAUUACACAUGUCAUUCAGUUGAAGCACACACUGGAUCUGGUGCCACCAUUAAGGAUGGUGUUGAAGAACUGCAGCACUGCUCUGCUUAAGGCGUACAGCACUUCACUGGAAGACAACAGGUUUGACAUGAUCCUGGAGCAGAUCAAGACGGUCAUAAAUGAUGACACCACCUACUUGAAGGGCAGCCUCAACAUGCGCACUCAGAAGUGCUAUGCCGUGCGCCCCAACAUCAACGAGUUCCUUGACAUCGCCCGCAGAGCUUACACUGAGAUUGUGGAUGACAUUGCAGGGCUUGUUGACCAGAUGGUGGAGAAGUAUGGCUUGCCGAUGCGUACCAGCUUCAGUACAACCCGAGGUUUCUUUGUUCAGAUGAGGCUAGAAGGAGCAGUCUUACCUGAUGGCAAACUUCCUGCUGAGUUCAUCAAGGUAACUAAGCACAAGAACAACUACAGCUUCACCACUGCAGACCUGAUGAAAAUGAAUGACCGCUGUGACGAAGCCCUGAGGGAGAUAUUCCACAUGUCCUACGUGGUGAUAUGUGACCUGCUUAGGACGGUUCAUGAGCACAUCCACUGCCUCUAUAAGCUCUCUGACGCUGUGUCCAUGCUGGACAUGCUGCUGUCACUCGCCCAUGUGUGCACCAUCUCAGACUAUGUGCGUCCAGAGUUCACAGACACGUUGGCGAUCAAGCAGGGCCGUCACCCCAUUCUGGAGCGCAUCGCUGGCCAGCAGCCUGUAUCAAACAACAGCUAUAUCUCCGAGUGCAGCAACUUUGUCAUCAUCACUGGACCCAAUAUGAGUGGCAAAUCCACCCACCUCAAACAAGUGGCGUUGUGUCAGAUCAUGGCUCAGAUAGGCUCUUUUGUCCCAGCUGAGUAUGCAUCUUUUCGUGUGGCUGAUCAGAUUUUCACCAGAAUUGGUGUGGAUGAUGAUUUUGAAACAAAUUCAUCCACCUUUAUGGUGGAAAUGAAAGAGGUUUCCUACAUAAUUCACAACGUGAGUGACAGGUCCCUCGUCAUUAUAGACGAGUUGGGGCGUGGGACUAGUGCUGAGGAAGGCAUCGGCAUCUGUCACUCAGUGUGCGAGUUCCUCCUUAGCCUCAGGGCGUUCACUUUGUUUGCCACACACUUCCUUGAGCUCUGCCAGCUAGAGACUCUUUAUCCCAAUGCUGUGAAUCAGCACAUGGAGGUUCAGCACACACGCAGCGUUGACACUGGCACUGAGAAUGUGGUCUAUACCUAUGUGCUGAGUCGAGGAUGCUCUGAAGAAAGACACUAUGGUUUGAGAGCAGCAGAAUUAACUGCUUUGCCUGCAAGCAUAAUCCAAGAAGCAAAGACCAUUGCCUCUGAAGUCAGCCAGCAGCGCUUGGCCAAACAUCACAGCGAUGCGGAAACUCAAAGGCAGAGAGCUGCGUACCACCUGGCCACCCGCCUCCUACAGACUGCCAGGAACUCCACACUAGACGCUGACAGCCUGCGCAUCUUUCUGAAGGGCCUGAGGAAGCACUAUGAGGCAGAGCUGCAGGCCACAGGACAGCCAGUGUCCAUGGAGACAGAGGAGGGAUAUCUGACUCAGACCUAUAGUGGGGAGGGGCAAUGAAAUGGCCAUGAAAAUGACCAG